AUGGACUUGUGCCACCCAGACCCAGGGGAGCUGAGCAGCGGGGAGGCAGAGGAGCUGCAGCAGAUCAAAUGGCACCGGAAGCAGCUUCUGGAGGACAUCCAGAAGCUGAAGGAUGAGAUCGCAGAUGUGUUUGCCCAAAUCGACUGCUUCGAGACAGCAGAGGAGAGCCGCAUGGCCCAGAGGGAGAAAGAGCUGUGCAUCGGGCGCAAGAAAUUCAACAUGGACCCCAUGAAGGGCAUCCAGUAUCUCAUUGAGCACAAGCUGCUGACCCCUGACAUCCAGGACAUCGCCCAGUUCUUGUACAAAGGCGAGGGACUCAACAAGACAGCCAUUGGCACCUACUUGGGAGAGAGAGACCCCAUCAACCUGCAGGUCCUCCAGGCCUUUGUAGAUUGCCAUGAGUUUGCUAACCUCAACCUUGUCCAGGCCCUCAGACAAUUCCUGUGGAGCUUCCGGCUGCCAGGUGAGGCCCAGAAGAUCGACCGCAUGAUGGAGACCUUCGCCUCCCGAUACUGCCUCUGCAACCCCGGCGUCUUCCAGUCCACAGACACCUGCUACGUCCUGUCCUUCUCCAUCAUCAUGCUCAACACCAGCCUCCACAACCCCAACGUCCGGGACAGGCCACCCUUCGAGCGCUUUGUGUCCAUGAACCGUGGCAUCAACGACGGCAGUGACCUGCCUGAGGAGCAGCUGCGGAACCUCUUCGACAGCAUCAAGAGCGAGCCCUUCUCCAUCCCCGAGGACGAUGGAAAUGACCUCACCCACACCUUCUUCAAACCCGACCGCGAGGGCUGGCUGCUCAAACUGGGCGGCCGCGUGAAGACCUGGAAGCGACGCUGGUUCAUCCUGACGGACAGCUGCCUCUACUACUUCGAGUUCACCACUGACAAGGAGCCCCGGGGAAUCAUACCCCUUGAGAAUCUCUCAGUGCAGAAGGUGGAUGACCCCAAGAAGCCAUUCUGCCUGGAGCUCUGCAACCCCAGCUGCCGGGGCCAGAAGAUCAAGGCCUGCAAGACUGAUGGCGACGGAAAAGUGGUGGAGGGCAAGCAUGAGUCUUACCGGAUCUCAGCCUCCAGCGCCGAGGAGCGGGACCAAUGGAUCGAAGCUAUUCGAGCCAGCAUCACUCGUGUCCCCUUCUAUGACCUGGUCUCUGCUCGGAAGAAGAAGAUCGCCAGCAAGCAGUGA